CACAACACAUCGGCGCGAAUUCCUACGAGGUAGUGUGCGCCACCUCCCAGAUCUCGCGACCUCACCUCCCACUGGCACAUCUACCAGCGCACCUUCUUCUUCUUCUCACGGAACAGGUGUCGCUGUCGCUGCCCCUCUUUCACGCGGUGUGGCUCUCUCCCUCUCUCUUUUUCUCUUUCUCAGCCGCCUUCACUCUCACCAUGUCUCUCGCAUAAUUUUGGCCACACACCAGCUACGACCUGAGGUGGAAAAGUGAGGGAAGGAAAGAAGGAGCGCCACCUUUAUUGUGAAUAUACCGCACCCGCAUCGCUUCGUUGGAGGGAUAGACAACCCGGCCAGGGAUCAUGUCGCAGUCGCUUGUCUCCGCUCCCGCCAUGUUGGCCAACGGCAGCGAGCCCCAUCACAGCUCGCCCCGGGCCAAGUCGAGCCCGUUGGUGAGGACGUCUUCGUCUUCGUCGGCUGCCAGCCCAAAAGGGGCAGCCUCGUCCUCUUCAUCGUCGUCACCGCCACCACCACCGCCGCCGCCGUCGUCUUCCGCUUCGAGGGCUGCCAAAUUGGUCGCCUCGCCCUCGCUCUCACAGCCGACAGUCUCAUCUCAGCAGGUCCAUGCUCAUCGACAGCAGCAGCAGCAGCAGCAGGCCCAGUCGCAGGCCCAGUCGCAGGCCCAGCCGAACGGGCUGACUGCAAUCAAGGCGACGAGCAACGGCGUGCCCUCUUUCCCCUCGCCCCCUUCCUCCUCUUCCUCUCCUCCUCCUUCAUCUUCCGGACCUCCCGUGUCGGUUAAGCUGCUCACGCAGCCAUCAGUGCAGUGGCCAUACUGGCUCAGCGAGCCAGUCAGCGCACUCGCCAAAGAUAUUGAGCAGGACAUGCUCGAGAUCGAGUCUCCGCCCCCCUUUCCCCUGGCCAUCGUCUUUCAGCACCACGAGCGGCCCGGGCAGGCACCGGCUCAGACGACGCUCGCCCAGCGAGACGGUCUCACGCUGCGCAUCUCCGACUUCUGCCACGAGGCAGGCUACCGCGAGUGGUCCCGCCUGAUGGAGGUGGCCCCGCUGGCGAGUCAGCACCACAUGAGCCGGUACAACCAGCUCAAGUUCGGCUGCAACGGCAGUCCAUUCACCUAUGUGCCCAUGACGCUCCAGAGCCCGAGCCAGUCCAAGGCGGCGAUGGAUCGACAGCUGGACAAUGAGCGGCGGGCACUCGACUGGCUCGUCGAGAAGCGCAAGCGCGCGCGGCAGGUGGCGGCACGAGCACGCCAGGAGCAGCAGGAGCUCGCCCGCGCCAAAUCCCGCCAGUCGCGCGACCACGGGCCCAUGAGUCCCGAGUCGGAAUCUACGACGAUUGGCGGACUCAAGAGGCGAUCGAGCAACGCCGUUGCCUCAUUACUUUCUGAUUCCGACGGUGACUCACACAUGCGGGGUACUUCGCCUUUCUCAACGGCCACGGCGGCGACAAUGACGACGACGACGACGGCAACGCCAGUCACUUCUCUUCCCUCGGGAUCUUCGUCGUUGCACGACAACAACACUGUCAAAAUAAAGGGACCAGUCAAUGAUGUCGAAACGGUCGCAGCCGAGUGGGAGAAACCCGUUGGAAAUGAAUUGGCAUAUCAACAGCAACCCGCCAACGCCAGCGCUGUGUCUACCUCCGGUGCCGUCGCUGCCCAAAUUGAACCAACAACAUUGCAGCAAGUCCAAGAAGAGCAGAGACCGGCCACGAUUUCAGCCAUGGCACCACAGCAGCAGCAGGCCUUGGCCGUCAAGACAAGUGAUACCCACCCUAUCCAGUGAGUUUGUCACUAUGUA